AUGACACGGCGCCACGCAUGGGCUGUUGGUGAAGUGCAGACCGCAUUAGUGGAUCUUGAACCCUUGGUUACCGAGAACACGAAUAAUUACGGUCCUCCAUUCACCCAUCAGGUCGCACCAGGCCGGUCCACCUUUCCGUGGCCAUCGAUUGCCACUGAUGCCCAUCACCCGGGGUUUCGGUUGCCUGUGCUAGAUGCAAGCCUCGGAGCAAUUCAUGCCGAGCAUGUCGCCGUUGUGGUAGAGAUGCUGAUUCGACUCAAACACCUUGACAUGAUAGAAAGGCUGCUCAACGAGUUCUACAAUCACAGUCCUGCGGCUCUGGUACCAGGACCACUCCUGUUGCCAGCUUUCUCGGCACUUCGGACGCACGUAAUCGACAUCUCAUCUCGCUCGGCACCUGGCCGGGUUGGAUCUGAUGACACAACCCUGCAGAUCGCGGAAAGCGUUGUUCAGUCGACAUCAACGAAUAUCGACAUCGAAUUGACGUCCACACCGUCAAGGCUUUGCGCAUCUUACACUGGUCAAAAUCUUCGUCUCGAAGUCGUCGGCUUGAUCUUUGCUCUCGCAGGCCGCUCGUGUCUGCUUGGUCCUAGUAGAGACGAUCGGCGGGAUGAAUUCGUUCAUACCAUGUUUCGAUGCAGCACAUGUUGCAUGCAGAUUGCUCGUGAAAUUGCUCAGCAGAUUAACGACCUAAUGGUGUGGUUGUCGUACGAAAAUCUCUUGCUGACAAUGUCCAUACAAGGAGAUGCAAGUGAGUUACACGAUGACAAAUUUGGGGCUCGUCCUAAUGUAUGGCGUCGAUUAGGUGACCUAACAACCGAUGUGUAUGCUCUUGGUAUUCAUCGCGAGUCCACCCACGCAGGCAAGAUGCCUUUUUUUAUUUCUGAGUGUCGGCGGAGAACAUUUGCCGCGGCCUAUCAGGUCGACAAACUAAUCUGCACGUUUUUCGAUAGACCUCCCAGAAUUUUGAGGCGCUACUCUGAUUGCAAGAUGCCACUUGAUCUUGCUGACGACGAAAUCCUAGCAGAUACGAACGAAGUAGAUCGAGUAGGACUUAUACUAGACCCCGAGGGAUGGAGUGCUACACCUCGCUACGCUAGCUCAACUUGGGCGCGGCUUCGCUACGUCCUCAGCGUUUUCCGAGAAGAAAUCUUAGAGGUCCCAUUUCGCCCACAGAUCGUCGCAGUUAUUAUACAGCUAGGUAAAUCGCGAGAUAAAGCGGUGCUUCCGCGACUCGACUUUCCUUACGUCGUAGUCAACUACGGUCUUCCUAGCGCCGCUACGUUGGUUGCGGCGCUACAAACCAGCACUAGGAAUCGAACUCGGCAAUUGCCACAAAACCUCAGUCGUUCAGCGCUCAUCCGAAGUCUAAUGGUAUUCACUUCGUACCUUGAGAGUAUCGGAGAUGUGGGCGAGGCAAUUCAUUCUACGUGUAUGCAAGCCACACAAGCAAUCUCUCGCACCCUGGACAAUAUGCUCGACGAGCCGCCCUCCAUGUCUAGCACGACACCUGGUAUGACCGUACCAGCGUCAAUGCCUUGCGAUGAUCUCGACACGCCUUUCUCACCUUCCCAAUUCCUGCAGCCAAGUCUUGACACGACUGGUUUUCCAAACUUCGACUUGCUCAACAGCAAUGCACUGGACGACUUCGAUCUUUCUGGUUGGUUGAAUAAUGUCACAUGGACAGGCAAUUAUGUUGGCUAG